AUGGCUGCCACGGCGGCGCAAUCCUCCGUCAUCCGAGCUCUCGUAACACGCAAUGCGCCGGCGUCGAAAUCCUCUCCCGUCUCCCUCUGCACCCGGAGAAACCUACUCUUUCUAAUGACUGCGGCUCCGGCGCUGUCGAUGAAAGAAUCGAUUUCCAGAGCGCAGGACAUCCCGCUGUUCGGACUGAAGAGGAAGCUGAAGAAAGCGGAAGAGGAAGCGGAGCUGCUGGUGAAGGAAGGCUUCGAGACGGCGGAGAAGGGGCUCGAGACGGCCGAGAAAGGCAUAGAGUCGGUGGAGAGAGGGCUCGUGACGGCGGAGAAAGGAAUCGAGAGCGCUGAAAGAGGGGUCGAGGAAGCGGUGAGCUUCGGCGGACUCGCGCAGGCCGGUGCCGUCGUCGGAGCGGAGGCCAUCGCCGUUCUCGUGGCUACCUCCGUCGUCAACGGGAUUUUGGGGCCGGAAGCCUGA